AUUUAUUGUGUAGAAAUAGAAAGCUAUACCGAACUCAUGAUGAAGGUGCUACAGAGUAGUACUAUACACGAAAGAUCCAUCUGCAACGAGUCAUCAUGAUGCGGAGACUCUUCCUCCUCGUCUUCAUAUGGACAACAUGCUUGUUUUUGCGUCCGGUAAACGCGCAAUGGCAACUAUCUGCCGAGGACCAAGCGGCAUUAGAAUCCGUAUUUUCGAUUAAGAGGCACGGCACUGUUGAGCAAAAACAAGGUUCUGACCAAAAAACAGGUGCUGAGGACCAAGGGAAGUCAGGAUCUGCAAGACGCGCGCCAUCAGUACAAAGUAGGACGGCUGCUGUUCAAGGAAAGAGAGGACAGCAUGAAGAGAAACAAAAUAAUCAUGCGCAACCCGCGUCGAAGACAAUACAGCAAGGUGGACCUGCUAGUCCGUCUUCUGUGGUGCAAACGCCGCCACGACGAGUGGAUGAAGAUCGAAAUUCUCGCCAACAGAGUGCAGACGUUGGACCCAGCAAGCACAGUCUUGAGUCGGAAGCUGCGCCAGCUUCUCAUACUCAAGUAAAGAGUCGAAUACCGGGUGCCGAUACUCUACUUGGUGCUGAUAGUGAAGUUAAGGGUAGGUUAAAGGUGCUUUUCUUACCGCUUUUUAUGCUUCUCCUAAGGGAGAAAGGCAUAAAAAGCGGGGUAAGCAAGCACCAAAAACCUACCUCUAAUGAAGAAUCACAAGGUGGACACAGCAGGGGUCGGCGUCGGCGAGAGCUAGGUUCUCCACGUGGACCUCCUACGCGAGAUCAUGACAACCUCAACUCUGCUGCAUCUCAAUCUAGGCAACAUACCAGUUCUAGUACGGCGCCCAGUGGAAGAGAGAAGCAAGAGGACACCGUCAGAAGAGGUGUUAACGAAGGAGGAGUUGAUGAUCAAGUCGAACAUCAAGAGCUAGGUUCUCCACCUGGCCUGAAAUUUUCCUCUCAGGAAAAUGCUGCUGUGCCGAGACUGAAAAGACAAGUCGACGACGUUUCCGAGGAGGAGUUGAUGGCAGCGAUGUUACGAGGUGAUGGUGGUUCACUCUCUGUUUUUUCCACGACUAGUGGAAGCGGAAGUAUGAUGUCUUCCGGUUUAGAGUCCUCAGAUGCAGUUGUAAGUGGAGCUGCACCUAGUAGUGGUCGCAACAAGCCUCCAACUGGGACGAAGGGCGCUGCACCUAGUAGUGGUCGCAAGAAGCCUCCAACUGGGACGAAGGCGCAACAAGCCUCCAACGAUCGUCCUGAUAUUCGAAUCGUCAAACAGGACGUCGAGGACAAAAGAAGUCCUGAUAUUCGAAUUGCCAAACAGGACGUCGAGGACAAAAGAAGAACUAAAGCAGAUCCAAGAAAUAGUGUGAUGAAACAGAGAAAAAGUGCCUUUAUCCUUCGAAAGGUGAAGUGCGAGUUGUACGUGCAAGGGCUGCCCAGGGAUCCGCGAAUGAUAGAGCUGCCAGUGGACUGCGAUCAAGAAGACAUUCAGAAAAUCGGUGUUAUGAUUUCGGAGGUCGAAGGGAUAUUACAGAGUAGUUUAUAGCACGCAUGGUGCAUGGAGUGCAUGGAGUAGUGGCCUAAUUAUACCUCAGUGAGGGCCUAAUACCUCAGUGAGUGUGAGCAGUAGUUAUUUCAUGAGCAUACGGCUCAUUAUCAUUAAAAAUGGUCUCACACUCGUCACUAUUUUUACCUUCUUGCCUUUAGUUUACUAGUCCCUUAGACAAUCUUUAUCUUCUUUCUUCCCUUCUAUGUUUUGUUCUUCAAGAAUUCAAGAGGAGCUAUCGUGUUUGCAUCCGGUGGGAAGAAUUUGAGGUGCGGAAAUCGCAGGAACGCACCGUAAUGCUGGACCGACCGCGACCAGACAACAUUGAGCGAUACGACCCAAUCUAUUUUGGGGCUUGUGUUAUGACGGGUAUGUAAAUACAAGAGCAAGAAAAACAGAUAAUACAAGAUACAAGAACAAGUGAAUACAAGACAAGAAUUGAUAAGUAUACUUAUUGAUUUCCCACAGGAUAUAUGAGGCGGGAUACCAUAAGUACAGCGGAGCGGGAUGAGUGCAGGUGCAUUCACUUUCACAACUUCUCAGCCCAGUAUUCAUACUCAUUAUGUCAAUACUAGACAUGCACAAGUACAACUGAUGAAGGCUACGCUAAAGCUCCCACAGAAGUCGCGCGCUACCUGAUGGUUCCGGAUAAGCAUGAAGGUAGGGGAAUGAAGCACUAUGAAAUCGGCGACUUAGCUUUGGACCCUUUGCAUGGUGUGUAUUUGUACCUAUCGGUAACGAAUCUUCACAUUAUGGAAACGGAUAUUUGUUAGAUGCUGGAGUUCGUGGAUGAUGCAUGGCUCCUGUGGUUGAUAUUUAUAAUGCUGGUUGAUGAAGCGGGUGUAGGGGGUAGGCAUUAAAGUCGCAUAAAGGGAAAUUAUAGAGGGCACAGACACCCGUCCAGUCGUUCCCCAACAACUACCUCCAAUCGGUCCUCAGCAACACUCAACAACUACGUCUCGCCUCUAAUUCCCUGGUUUACCGAGUAGCGAUUCACGACAGCCCCGACCGUGGGUCGCUGUCUCGUUGGAAGGCCAUUGGCGGCGGACCUGUACAUAUGUUGGAUUUCAGCGGCUUCAACAUGCCGAAAGGUCUCUGCGUGACGAAGGGAUAUGAUGUACUCUGUGUUUAGAUUCAGUGAUGUUAGGUGCUGAUUGAGUAUAUGCAGUUGCAGGAUUGGCACUAUGAUCUUUCUCCAUCACUCAGUUUGAAGUUUCGAUUCUCUUCGGCAUUUGUUCCUUGUCUUCUAUUGUAGAUCCUCCUCCGUUUUUUGGUUUUGGAAAUUAGUUGCUUAGUUUCUAGCAACAGUCAAGCCAGGUACUCGUCGCUGACAGUGCGAACGAUCGCGUCGUCUCCUGGUCCUAUCAGAGCGCAAGACAACUCUCGACAUCGCACGAAAAAGGGUCUUACACAGGAGUCCCCCGAGGUAAACUUGAAGCCGGUUUGCGAGGCUUUAUGCUGCAGGAGCCAGUACAGUGCGCUUUGGUCCAUAGUCGGUUAGACAACUCCUGGCGUCAGAUGUACGUCGUGGAAAAGAAUCGAUAUCUGCUACGCUACGACGGUCAAUUGUCGAGUGUGAGGAGAAGUGGUAGUUCAGCAGAAGUGGUGGCAGAAGUUGUAGAAGGUCUCCACUCAGGAGGUGUUGUGAGUGAGAAGCAGGUACUAGACGGAGAGCAUCGUGGGAUGGUCCCUUACAACGCGGGCAAUAUGAACAAAGGCAACGCACAACAAGUAGAUUUCCAUCAGCACUACGACGUGACUCGCUUGAUACCCACGAUCAUUUAAGGAGUGGAAGUUGACCACUAUUUCAAAUUUCGAUCUAUCAACUUUAUUUUGUACUAGGAAAGUCAUAGGAGGUAUGCGACCCACUGAUGACUAGGAACUAAAGAAACUAGGAAAGUUAUAUUAUAAGUAGAAGAUAUGCGACCCACUACUAGUGGAUAUAGAGGUAUAGAAGAUAUGCGACCCACUUCUAGAUAAGGGUCAAACUCAGGAGUGUCAAGCUCAAGAGCUAAGGAAACUAGGAAAGUGAUAGACAAGCGUGGUGAUAGAUUUGUCAACUUGCAUCAACCUCUAAAUCAUCAGAGAAGCGCCAGGUCUGAGUAUUGCGCUUUUGCAGUACUCAAUAAAGCAUGACAAGUUUGGUUUCACCGAUUUGGAGGAGGACGCCGAUCUAGACGUGGUCAAGUGCUUACGAGGUUUUACAGCCUCAAACUAUCACUUGAGGAUGGAGCAGAGUCAAUUUGUAGGGAGGACAGGGGGCAUUGAUGGUGGUAGUCACAGGGAUUAUAGUCAUAGUGAUAGUGAAGAAGAGGUGGAGGGCUACAAAAAUCCCAAACAACUACAUCAAGCUAGACAGAUGGGACGACCUCUAGCAAAAAAUAAGGCCAAAGCCAUAACUGACUCGCUGGUCCGUCAGUGUCUGGAAGUACGAGCUACAACGGGAGUUGGGGUGAUCUAUAGACAAAGUAAUAGACUCUGGAAUCCACAGAAUGGUAGAUAUCUGACUAUCCCCAACGAUACACAGUUUUUUGCGAUUUCUCCACGUGGUGAAGUCUUCCUGAAUGCAAGGACGACCGUCUAUAACCUCUUCACGGGAGUGCCUGAAUUUCUUUCUUGAAAAUGACCUUUUUGUCCUGGCUUAGCAGGCUUGGAUUGUUGUAUCGUUCUUGGCUAGUUGUAUUUUUGGGCUUUUGAACAAGGAAGUGCAGCAAGAGCAACCCCUCAC